UUAGAGCAAGUGGAGAAUCUUGAUAAGUUACGAUACCUGGUCUUGGAACAUCCUUCUGCAGUACAGGGCCCCUCAGAGAUACCUAUCGGUCCCUCACCGGAGUGCCUCCAAUAUGUUUCCAAUAAUUUUGAUCAACAAAUGGAGCACCUCCCACGGUGGUUAUUGGACCUUCUCGGGCAGCAUCAAAAUGCUCCGACUGCGGUGCAGAAUCUCAGAAGAUUUGAACUGACAUGCAGCUCAGCACUGUUUAAGAGCUUCCUGAAGGAUAUACGAAAUUUCAUUCAGCGGAUCCCUGAGGUCUGGAUCGAAGACAUAGAUGGUUCCUCAUGGAUGCGGUAUACCAAGGGACCCCCUCCCACCUUCGAAACAAACAUACAAUCAGAAGAGUUUGAAAAUGUCCUCUCUUCAGCAGGGUACCAUGUCGUGUGAAUUUGGCAGGGGCCAACGGAUGGACGUGCUCGGUGUUUUUACAUUUUUUUCCCCUAAUUAUUUAAAGUUUGUAUUGGACUUCGAUAUCUAUUCUGUAAUUUCUAUAAAGUGUAUCAUUAUGCUGAAUGUAAUCUAAUGAUAUGCAAUAAAUCAUGUUUCCUAGUGUUUUGAUGGUGUUA